AUGGCUGCUUCCGUGGACGAAAUGCUCCCUCCUCCUAUGACGCCUAGUGGUCGCCUACGCACAUAUGGCGGCAACCGGGCGUUUCAUAACUUUUACAACGAUUAUUCUCAUAUAUCCGAUCCCAAUCUUCGCCGCCGACUGGCAUUGUCCGAGAUCGACAAGGUUCCGUUUGGUUUAUACCAUGUCAGGGCGAUCGUAGUUGCUGGAGUCGGCUUCCUUCUCGAUUCAUAUGACAUAUUUUCAAUAAACCUUAUAACAACUCUACUAGGAAUGGUCUUCUGGACUGGCAACGAUGUUACCAAUGGUUUUGGCGGUAAUAAUGGCGUGCUACCAGACACAACUAGUCAGGCUUUGAAAGCCUCUACGAGCGCCGGGAUCGUUGUGGGCAUGAUUUUGUUUGGCUGGCUUGCUGAUGCUCUGGGCCGUAGACGAAUGUAUGGUAUUGAGUUGGCUAUUAUUAUUUUUGGAACUUUUAGCUGUGCUUUAGUGUCAUCCAGCCCGUCGAUCAGUUCAGCUGGGCUCCUGAUCUUCUGGCGAGUGCUCAUGGGUAUCGGCAUUGGAGGCGACUACCCUCUCUCAUCGGUAAUUACGUCCGAAUUUGCCCCGACGCGAUGGCGAGGCGCUAUGGUUGCUGCCGUAUUCUCCAUGCAAGGCCUUGGGCAACUUAUGUCUGCCAUUGUCGCGCUUGUCACAACCGCAGCAUUCAAAUCGUCGUUUAUCCGCAUCCCCAAUGAAGAACAAUGCGACGAGGGCUGCCGCAUAGCCGCCGAUCGCGCGUGGCGAAUCAUAGUCGGCUUUGGUGCAAUCCCCGCCUGUCUAGCUCUCUACUAUCGAAUCACAAUUCCCGAAACCCCACGAUAUACCUUUGAUGUACAAAACGACGUCGAAAAGGCUGAUGCGGACAUCAAAGCCUACGUAUCCAGCAAAUCAAUCGGUGAUUUUGACCGGCGACAUUCACGGUCGAAGGUUUCCGAGAGCUCGCUCGACAUUCCCCGAGCCUCAUGGUCAGACGUGUUUGCCUAUUUUGGCGAAUGGAAGAAUUUCAAGGUAUUGGCCGGCACGACCAUGUCUUGGUUCUUUUUGGAUUUGGCAUUCUACGGGUUGGGCUUGAAUCAAAACGUUGUUCUGCAUGCCAUCGGGUACGGCAGUGGCAGCAACAUGUACCAUAAAUUGUACAACCAGGCCGUCGGCAUGAUCAUACUAACGGCUGCUGGAUCCCUACCCGGGUAUUGGACAGCGGUUUUCACCAUUGACACCGUUGGCCGCAAGCCAUUGCAGGUGUUGGGAUUUCUCUUGCUCACCGUUGUUUUCAGUGUCCUCGGCUUCAGGCUUAACUAUUUAAGCGAAGGGGCAAUGUUGGCACUCUAUAUCGUGGGGCAGUUCCUUUUUAACGCCGGUCCGAACACAACUACUUUCGUUGUUCCCGGCGAGUGUUUCCCAACCCGAUAUCGAUCAACUGGGCAUGGUCUUUCAGCAGCAAUGGGGAAGAUUGGAGCGAUCGUCGCGCAAGGAAUCAGCAUACCAUUACUUCGAAACGGACAGGUCGCCGGAUGCAUUGGCAACGCCUGUUCGCCUUAUCUCGACCGGUUGCUGAAACUGUUUGCCCUCUUUAUGCUCCUUGGCACCCUGGUAUCGCUCCUCAUUCCCGAAACGAAAGGCCUGACGCUGGAGGAAUUAUCCGGCGAAUCUCGAACAAGCUAUAACGCUGGCUGCAACGGCAGCAUCAGGGUCGGGUCGCCGCGAAUUCGAACAUGGAACCCGUUCCACGGUGGGCAACCAGCGGGCUUUGCGUAUCCACGGGCUCACGGCAGCCAUUUUGGCAAGCACCAUCGAUCUCCUCGCGACGACAUCAUGGCUUCCCCUGAGCUGGUGGCGGAGAAUAUGCGACACAAACGAUCUCAAUUUUGGAGGAGACAUCGAAAAUCACGGGUUGCCAGCGAUGGCUCCAACGAGAUUGCCUUGCGGAACAGGCAAUCUGACACAACAGCUGGUUCUUCGGAGGCAGAGCAACAUCUGCCGACAUGGGGAGCAGGGUGGGGCAGAAUAGACCGUGGAACACCACCUAUGACGAACAGCGUGCAGUUGAAUGACGUGGGAAUGCUGUUGAAACCAGUAUAA